GCAGGUGAAUUGGAGUCACGAACGUAUUUACGUAUAUCUUAGCCCAUGAGUAGCUGGAUCGUUAAAAAUACACAUUCACACAUGUAUAGCUUGUUUUCCUGACGUUGUGUUUCUCCACGACCGUCAGCUAUUGGUGGAAACAUGCAAGGCCAGAAGCAUCUAGGCUCUUACUAAUCCGCAGUCGUGAUUGCAGGGGUUGCUGCUUAUUCUGGAGCAACCAGACUAGCAGACAUGAGAGCACGCGCACCGUGCAUCAAGGCUCCAGUCGAUGGCGCGAAAGCAAGACGCGCAGAACGUGAAUGUCUGGUUUAAGUCUUAAAAGCGUUUUCCUGGGCACCUCAUGCGCUGAUGCCACGAUCCACACAUCGCCCAUCUGGAUCAUCGUGUUUAGGAGAAGGACCGCUCCAAGGUGACCAGCUUUCAACUCAGUCGCCGCUCACAGUAUUUGUCUGUUUGUGAGUGUGGUCGAUCUUAUCUACUUUUUCGUCAUGGUGAUGGCACUAGAAGGCCUUACGCGGCUUUGUCCGCUUGUGCUGUUUGACUGGCGUUUGUAUGCCGAACGUGGAAGUCCCAGUUUCUUUCACCGACACAAGGAUAUGGGAAGAGUAGACGAGUGUGAGCUCGCUUUUCUGAAACAGAUGUCUGAUGACGACAGACUGUCUCUCACCACGGCUGUCAGCGACGAGGAAGACGCUGAUACAAGAAACUCACCCUUUCGUUCUCGUUCGGGGACCGCUGCUGCCUCGUUCAACUGUACCGGUGCUGUUAGAAAAGCUGGAUUUCUCAGCGUGAAGAAGUGGCUUCUAAGAAAACAUCGCCAGGUGGAGCUUGCCAAAAAGCGAGGCUGGAAAGGGUAUUGGGUUUGUCUGAAGGGUACCACUCUUCUCUUCUAUCCAUGUGACAACCGUGAUGGUCGAGCAAUUGACAAUACCCCAAAACAUCUAAUAAUCGUUGAUGGAGCCAUCAUGCAGCCUAUCCCAGAACACCCGAAACGGGAUUACAUAUUCUGCUUAAGCACUGCCUUUGGUGAUGCUUAUCUCUUUCAGGCACCUUGUCAGGUAGAGUUGGAGAACUGGAUUAACAGUAUUCACUCUGCUUGUGCUGCAGCGUUUGCAAGGCAUCGUGGGAAAACUGGAACGUUGCACCUCCUGCAGGAAGAAGUUUUUCGUUUGGAGAAAGAGAUCGAAUCGGAUGGAAAGGUGAAGCACAUGGGACUACACUUGACUGUGGUGGGUGAUUCGGAAAGCAAGCAGACAAUAACUACACAGAUCUCGCAACGGGAGGAAAACUUGGAACGAUUACAUUGUGAGCAGUUCCGACUUAGGUGCUACAUGGCGUCACUCCAGAACAGUGAGCUACCAAAUCCUAAGAAUUUGCUCACCAAUGUGUGCAAGAUGACCAAAUCGACUUUGAAUAAGCUUGGGGUAUUUACGGUGUCGUCUUUUCAUGCUUACGUUUGUGCUAGGAGCCCUUCUCUCCUAACGAACCUCCUGGCAGGUAGAGGCGCCACGAAACGACGAUCUCGUGGAUUGUUGUCGAGGUCGAACAGUGGAAGGCGUUCUCUAAGUCAGUCCUUCUCAACACAAAGUAGCUUUGAUCAAUCUACUGACGCGACAGUCACCGUUACGCUUCCGGCUGAAGAGAGUGUCAGUAUUGGUGUGAGGGAGAACAUGACGGUAGAGGAAAUCCUUUGGAGUGCCUGUAGCAAGAAACAACUAUCCCCAAAUGACCAUUUCUUCCGAGCCAAAAGGAAGCAAGAUGAUGGCGAAUAUUACGUUCCUUCAAGACAUGAAAUUGUAGAGAACCUGAAAGAAUACGAAAUUCUUCAGGUCUGUGCCAAGGUUUUGUACCAAGUUGACCUGACCAGAACAACGUUGGAACAUCUGUUCGGCUUCAGCGUGGAGGCGGAGUUAGUGGAGAACGCUGAUCACCAAGACGAACUGUGUGUGUAUGUUAGUAGAGUGGAAGAUGGAAGCUUAGCUAGCCAGCAAGGUUUGAUACGAGGAGAUGAGAUUAUGGUUAUAAAUGGGGCCAUCGUUAGCGACUUGGACAUGAUGUACAUUGAGAGCGUUUUGCAAGAAGAAACGUCCCUUUGUAUGAUGAUGAGAUCUUCCAGAACGGAACCACCUGAUCUCGCUAGCAUCAUGCGCACUACAGAUGACUACAUCGAGUCUCUUGUGUGUCCUCCGCCUCCAAGCGACAGUACAUUGAGUGAAGAAAUGAUUGGAAAACUAAUCGUUCCCUCACCUCUUUGGGGGCCUCAGGACCGAUCUCCAGAAACGUCAGGUCGACCUUCUCCUUCCCCUGUGCCCAUUCAAGAGAGCUCCUCCUUAUCUACGGAGCAAAUAGAAAACCUCCUGAAAGUCAUUGAAGACUCUCGUAAAAAGCCCGCCCUUCCACCCCAAGCUACUGAACAGGUCACGGAGUACGGUAGAUCAUCUCUGGAGAGACGGCGUUCAAGCCUAGAGGGCAGCACUGGUAGUAGUAGUUCUUCCAACCAACCACUCGGACACAGUCGACAGAUGCCUGAUGCGGAAAAACUUCGCAAAGUUAUUAUGGAAUUAAUUGAAACAGAAAGGACCUAUGUGAGGCACAUGAGCGACCUGGUAGCAUGGUAUGCGGAUACCUUACAAAAGCACUUAAAUAGUCUACUAGAACACUACCUCGAGCCCAUGAAGAAAGAGUCGUUCAUCUCGAAUACCGAGAUCACAGCACUCUUUGGUAACAUCCAGGAAAUCGUCCAGUUCCAACGGACGUUUUUACAGAGUCUGGAGGAAGCAAUCUCUGCAGAACCCGACUUUAAUACAUUUGAAAAUUCUAGUCAAUUCAAAAAUGUACUUUUUGCCAUCGGCAAUUCCUUUCUGCUUUAUGCUGACCAGUUUAAGUUGUACAGUUCCUUCUGCGCCAGUCAUUCGAAAGCUCAAAAGGUUCUUCAUCCGGGAGAAGGAAACAGUGCAUUGAUGCAGUUCCUUCAGUCACGUAAUCCAAAAGGACAACAUAGCUUCUCGCUGGAAUCGUAUCUCAUUAAGCCUAUUCAGCGGAUUUUGAAAUAUCCUCUGCUUCUACAACAACUCAAACAUCUGACAGAUUCAUCCUCAGAAGAACAUCGGCACCUGACUGAGGCUCUGAAAGGAAUGGAACGAGUUGCGGAACACAUCAACGAAAUGCAGAGAAUACACGAAGAGUAUGGAGUUAUAUUUGAUCAUCUCUAUCGCCAACACCUCCGCUCUUCGAAACAGAACGUUGACCUCAGCCCUGGAGAACUGUUGUACUACGGUGGCGUUGAAUGGCUGAAUAUAUCCGAAUUUCUAGGCAAGAUAAAAAAAGGAUUGGAAUUACACGCAAUGUGUUUCGUCUUUAAAACAGCUGUUGUAUUUCUGUGCAAGGAGAGGAUCAGGCAGAAAAAGAAGCUGAUGGGUAGCUCUAGCAAAGCCAGUGCCUCUGAGGUCGAGAUUAUUCGAUACCAAGUGCUGAUUCCGGUCACGGAAGUCCAAGUGCGAGCCAGUGGGUUUAAAGAUGGCGAUUCUCAUUUUUUGUGGGAGCUCAUUCACUUAAAAUCUCAGAUACAGAGGCGUUCCGAGAAAAUAUAUCAGCUAUCAAACAGCACAAGUGAUUUCCGAAAUGCAUUCCUUCGAACAAUCCGACAAAUAAUAAGAGAAAGUGUUAGGAACAUGACAGUACCAGUUAAUAAACAAGGAACACGGGAGAAACCCGCUGUUCCUCGAAAACCCCCCGAACUGCAAAAUAUGAGCCGAACGCUCAGCAGCAAAAAAAGUGGGAAAACACACCAGCGCCACUCUGCGGGAGUAGUAAACAACGAGUUCCAGAUCUACGAUAGUGUGGAUCAGAACUUCCGUACAAGAAGUAAAACAGUGGCGGACGGAAUGGCAGAUGUAACUGCCAGUGGUGGCAGCGCCCCCAAGAAUCUGUCCGAGUCAAGAGGACAGUCCCCAGUGCCCGCAUCCGAUAGGUCAGAUAAAUCAGAUAAGUCUGAACGGUCUCAGGGUAGCUCUGGAAAUGGAAAAACUAAUCUUGGAACUACGAAAGGACUAAGCCUUAGUACUGCUUCUACACUUUCCAAUUCCAGCACUGGUAGUUCUUCAGCUAAACUUAUCAUUUCUAGUAAUCCUCCAACAAGCUACCAACCUCCUCCCUCUGAACCUGCAGGGUCGCCGGUCUGGAAACCUAGAGAAAACUCAAUCGACAAAGCAGCCACGCUUCCCCUGCCUCAAAAAGGAAAAGACGCAGAAAGCAAAGAUCAGUAUUUUGUCUAAUUUCAAUUUAUUGACAUAUUUUGGAUAUAUUUUGCUUCUCGCACAAUAUAGUACCGAAAUAUAAAACAAUUUUUAUCUUGGUUGUCAUACGAGUUGACUGAAGAGCAUAAGAAUGGCUUAUUAUUGCUUAGUUAAGUAUGGUGUUUUCCCGUCGCUCAGAUAAGACCAGUGACAUUUUGUGAAUUACUUUAAAAUGUGGAAACUGAUAAUCCAAUAGCUCACAGUUUAAACGCUUUUAAAUUUUACCUAACUGUUCAGACUUGAUUAUGAAUAAUCACGUUGGAAAUCUAGCUGGAGUAAACCAGACUUUUAUCGUCGUUAAUGAUACGGAUUCUAUUUGUUAUUAGGUAAAUGAAAUUAUGACACCGGCUAAAAGUAAUAUAAAGUGAAGAAAAGAAGAAACCGUUUUAUUCUAAAUGCUUUUCAGUGGCCGUAACAUUGCUAAAUGCUAUUGACUUUCCACGGUCUUUUCCACAAAGACGCGUUGUAUAACAAAUUGUGAGGAACGAAACACAGACGUGCUUUAAUGAACAAAAUUCAAGAAAGAGUGGAGAGACAUGUGAGCAUGCCUUUUACUGUUUCAAUUUUGCUUCUACUUUAUUUAUUUAUCGUGAGAAAGUCGUAUCGUGAUGUAGCUGUCUUCUAACUUCCACUUCUAUAACCAAUAACAUCUUAUCUUCAUAGAAGUACUAAUUGAACUGUGAAGUCAUGUUGUUGGCCAUUGAUAGAAAUUUACUUUUUCUGUAAUACUCAAUCUUUUGCAGUGAUAUUCAGCUAAUACAACUAGGUAUUUCGAUCCGUUAUUAAAAUUUAACUUGUGUCUAAUAUACUCCACAAUGUUCUGCACAAUGUAAUAGUGAGUUUUAUGGUGCAACAUCUUAUUAUGUAGACCUAGGAAAUGAAGAGGUGUAAUUUAAGUGUUUUAGUGUUUCUUACAAGCAGCAUGUAUAUUUCCACACUCUCUUAUAAGAUAUGUCACAGUCCCUUUCAGAUGAUGACCUAUAGUUACUGGUUUUUCAUCAAAGAAACCACGUGUUGUAUAACGAAAUUCAGAUGUACAAUUAUUUUAUGAACACGUUUAAUUAGCGCGAUACUGUAUGCUUAGCUUAUUGACGAGUGUUUUUAGUUACAUUUAUUGUAGCUUUCUGUUUAUGUAUGUUUACAACUUACACCUUAUGAUCAUAGUACUAAACUGACAGUUCAAUGCUCAGUGCGAAAAUUUUACUGACAAUCUAUAUAACCUUCAAGCUAAACUCAACAUAUCCUUUUUACAUUUUGGGCCGGACUAGUAAGAUGGCGCUCUAAUUAAAUGAAUGCACGUGGAAACAAAAUAUUGCGCUUUAUAAAACUUCGUAAUCACUUAAUUUGCCAAUAGCUUUAAAAAGAGUUUUUCGAUAUACUAUCACAUAUUUUAAAGAAUUAUUUUUAUUAUUUUUUGUAUCAGUAAAGUAUUGCAUAUCAAUAGCUGUACAUUACGUCCGCGUUUCGAGAAACUCCUUAGUACCUUCCUUUCCUCACAAGCAUUAUUAAUUGUUUAUAAAUGUACUUGUCCUUUAAUGUGUUCAAAAGGCGGCAUUAACUUUACCACAACGUGUAUCCGAAAAAGGGUUAUUGAACAUUCUCAUCGUAUAACAAUUCGCGAGUUUUUACGCAUGCGUAAUGUGAAUAUGAUUCUUCUUUCAAAAAACGACACUUGGCUUCCUUUUAACAAUUCACCAUAUAACAAAUUCACGAGUGUUUGCGCAGGAGUAAUGCUAAUGUAAACCAAGCCAACUUAUUAAGGAGUCUUACAAGGAAGACGUUACGCUUAUCCCCAGCUAUUACUAUAUAAGAGUACCAUUGUAAUAGUUUACUAUCAGAUAGUAUAAUGACUUUAAUCCUGUUUAGCAUAUCGACAGAUCUUUAUAAGGUAGAUUCCAUUUGAACAUUAAAAAAGUACGAAUCCUUGGAUGAACGUGAUCUUUCUUUCGCCUUAGAAGUAUGAAAAAAUUAAAUCAUGUUUAAAUGAUAGAAAACCUGAGAAUUUUAUAGAAGAAACUCAGUUUACGAUACAAUAAGGUAUUAGGUGCUGCACAGUUAAGCCAACACCUUAUAAAUGAGGUAUGUAUUGAGUGGGAUAAAGGUUUUUGUCGUUCACAAUUAAACUUCCAAAAAGAAGAAAAAUUUAUUUCAAUUAGAAGAUAAUUCUUAAAGUGGUUUAUAAUUCUUCUUGUUCUUUCCCACUGUACCAUAAGAUGUUAUCAUUGGUAAACUUAAGACUAACAAAUGUAACUAAGUUAUUUUGCUUAAAGUGCUUUAUAAUUCUUCUUGUUCUUUCCCACUGUACCAUAAGAUGUUAUCAUUGGUAAACUUAAGACUAACAAAUGUAACUAAGUUAUUUUGCUUAAAGUGCUUUAUAAUUCUUCUUGUUCUUUCCCACUGUACCAUAAGAUGUUAUCAUUGGUAAACUUAAGACUAACAAAUGUAAGUAAGUUAUAUUGCUUAAAGUGCUUUAUAAUUCUUCUUGUUCUUUCCCACUGUACCAUAAGAUGUUAUCAUUGGUAAACUUAAGACUAACAAAUGUAACUAAGUUAUUUUGCUUAAAGUGCUUUAUAAUUCUUCUUGUUCUUUCCCACUGUCCCAUAAGAUGUUAUCAUUGGUAAACUUAAGACUAACAAAUGUAACUAACUUAUUUUGCUUAUCAGAUAGUUAGACUAACAUUUCUUUUAAAUACCUCCCACUUUCCAUAUGUGUUCCGAAAUGUAUUUCAACGUCCAUGUCGAUUACUGUGUGACUCGUACUUAGCUGUUCACGUGUUUUAAAUCGUGCAUUGUGAAAUCUAGCAAAUAACCUGACAUUUAUGGCCCAGUUAACAAGGGUUGGGAAAUAAAUUGACGUUUAGUUUGUUUAGGCCAAACAACAAACUACUCUAACUGUGUUGAAAUGUAAGCAACAUAUUCCCCUUUAAGUACGGUUAUUUCUUCCUUCGUCUCGAGCGAGAGCUUCACCAUGUAAGUUUAGUAAAAUUCUGCUGUGAUGCUGCGAAUCCACUUGCGUACAGCUGCUUAAAGACCAUUAAUUGUAUAGAAAUGUUGUCCACGCAGACUGAUGCUUGAAAAACAAAACCAAAAACAUGAGCGUUACCUUAUAUUUUACUAGAUGAGGACUACGUACGUUACGAUCUUGACCACAGCACGUUCUUCACAAACCACUUAUAGCCACCAACCUAUAAUUGGAUUGAAUGUUAGAUAAAUACAUGCUACAUGUGCCAUAAGGUUAGGAUGGACAUUGACAUAUUAACACAACCAUUCAUCGACAGUUUACUUGUAUUCAGCUUUUGCAAAAGAAAGUCUUAGGGUUUUUUUUUUCUAAUAUUCCUCUUACUUAGCCAAACGGCUUACGAGGAGUAAGUCAGAAAGAACAUAAAGUUAUGUGAUAAUUACUUAUCGAAGUAAAUAAAGUAUGAGAGUAACCGCAAUAGAAACAGAGCAAUAUUGAAGUUUACCCAUUCUAUUAAAAGGCACAUACUGACCAGGAUUUAAACGCAUUUGUCGGUUGUUAAACAAUUGGUUUUUUAUUUAUAACCUUCAUUAGUUAGCUUUUUUUUCCUACUUAACUUGAAAACCUGCUAAUAAAAAAUUUAAAUCUGAUGAAAAAGGUAUUUGAACUUAAGUAGUUUAAUCUGUUAAUCUAUCCGCAACACUACAGCAUCGUUUCUCAAUGAUUUGUUACGUGUAAAUGUAUUGCAGUUAAAAAAAAUUAAAGUCAACCUCAUAAUAGAGUAUUUAAAACCUUAACGACUUAAGUCAAUUUCUUUUGCAGAGUCUUAGUGAAUGGCGCAAUUAAAUAUAAAGAAUUUAUUUUUGUACAAAUUUACUGAAAUGUGUAAAAAUACUCGUAAUGUGUUACAAAAAACUAUCUUUCAGAUAUUUUAGUUUUCUGUAUUUGAUCCAAAAUUCUUUGUAUUGGAAUGACCCUCAGGAGAUCUGUCAAACAACUAUAACAGUUGAUUUACUCUUGCUUGUUAAUCUGUAAUGCAAACCUUUUUUGUCUUAUCUUAAAAAUAGCGUGAUGUCGAUGAGAAUGUAAAAGACGUCAUCAUCACUAGUCUACUCUUUAUUGCUGCAUUGCUGUUAUAACGGUACAGGGUAAGAAUUACGAAAAAAUAUUUUUUUCGUUGGUCGUUGAAUUUCACUUAUAGCUACAUCAACUGCUCUGGCUGUUCCUAAUUUUGAAGUGAUAGACUAAACAGCUAGUCAACACCUAUCACUGUCAACUUUUGGGCUACACUUGUUAGAUCGAAUAGUGAGAUUUCACUGUUGCUCUUCUAAUGCACCCAUAAUAUGGAGCGUGAUUUUUUGGGGUGUGUGGAAAUGGGACACGAACCACAGAACCUCAUCUCCAUUGUUCGGCACGGUAACCAUCGGCGUUAAUGAACUAGCUUACUUAUUAGUAAACUUUCUUUGUGAACAACGCUGUAUUUCAAAAUAAUACCCUACAAACGACGAGGUUAAAAUGCCCUCUCCCUGCUGUAAAUAUUUGGAUGAGAGCAUUUCGCCAACUAAACUGCUCCUUUUAGAAAGGAACAAUCAGAAUUUCAAAUACUAUUGGAAUAAAACAUUUUUAUUGUGCAUUGUCGAUAAUGUGAUACUUAUUUCGGCAUUACGAAUACAAAGAAAUUUCACCCCCCCCCAAAAAAAAACACGUUAGACAAGUUUUUACCCGAGAAUGUUAAAAUUAUCUUGAAAUCGGAAGCUUAACAAAAAGAGACAUCAGCUUUUAUUUAACUUAGCUAUAUGAUAACAUGAGGGUUAACGUGUGGCAUCACAGCAAAAAUAAUAGGAAGAGUUUAGAACAAAUGAACAGACAAAAUCUUGUUCAAACAACUGAAAAGCCACACACACACGCAGUAUAUUAUAUUACUUUGUUGCUGUUGAAACUUAGUUGAAUUUUUUUCAGUAGUACUCGAAAAGAGAAAAUAUGAUUCAGUGACUGUAUCUAUAAGUUAUCCAGGUGACUGUGUCAAAGUUUUCACUGGUCAAUAAGAAUACUGUUGCAUCAGCGAGGUCACAUGACUAGUGUCACGCCACGUUUCUAGAACUAUCCUGUACCUUGGC